UUUUCCUCCUCCUCCCUCUGUUUCUGCGUCAGAGCUAAAGCAGCAGCAGCAGCAGGGCGGAAGCGGCUCUGUGUUCAGUACUAUACUACACACUGGAUACACACCUGUGGAUCUCAUCGACAGAGAAGAAACUCUCCAGAUUCUCUACAGGAGAUUGUAUUCCUGGAAAUCCAGCCUCGACACCAGAGGAGGCAAUGCAGAGGUUCACCCAGCCAGUGGAAGGAAGUGUUUUUUGUCAGACUCCCAGCUGAAGCACAAUGGAAACUUCCUGCUUUUUCUCAGAUACAAGAGAUACACCAGAUACACAGCACUUAAUCCACUCCCAGUGUGAACAGAGAAGAGAUGAGCAGUAGUUAUCUAAAUAGGUCAAACAGAAAGAACCAGGCUCUACCAGUCUACUGAGGAGCUUUGGUUGGAAACAGACAGUCUUUCAUGAGCAAGAUAUUGUUUAAACAGUAAAGAAGUAUUGGAGGAUUAAAACUUUUCAUUAACUCACUAACCAUAUGAUGAGCGAGUGUGCCGUACUGGAAAACCUCAGUGAAGAUGGCUUUCACAGCUGUGAGGGCUUUGCAGAUUGGUCCUCCUACAGCCCUGUACACUGGAAUGGGAAUCAGGAGGACAGCAGCAACAGUUUUGGGGACUGGAGUACUUUUAAUAGUAAUCUCAGCAAAGACAAAGAACCUGCAAGCUCAGAAUCGCCUCCAGAAGAGGGACGUUCUGGUCACACACACAAGGUGGAGAAAAGUAACAAGCUCAGAUCCUCGUCUGUGUUCUAUGACUGCUUCCAUGCUGAGGAGACCAUAAAAGAUACGGCUGUAAUGGAGAUCCCACCACUGUCCCAACUGCUGCUCAACUCAGCAUCUACACCUCCUCAACCAGCAGCACUAUCAAGUGCGGCUGCCAACCUGUGCCAGCGGCUGCUGUGUGAACCAGAUUGUCUGAGCCUCUCGGGUCCCAAACCCAGAUUACACUCUUACAAACAGCUGAUCAACACACUCCAUCUCACAAACUCAGACCCAAACAUCUUCCAAAAUACAGACUUUUCUGAUCAGGAUUUUGAAGAGCAGGAAAGUUCUCCGGCUGCUCUCAUCCAGACUAAGCUAAUGGUGCCCACCCUGUGCCAGAAUAAACCAGGAUACCUCUACCAGAUCUCCCGCCAGUGGCUCAGCCAGAACAGCUUGAAUCUCCUACCACAUUAGGACAAGCAGGUCCUGCUGUAAUCAAUAAAACACUGUACUGCACCACGCACUCAGUGUAUUAGCUCAGGGAAGCUGUGCUUUCACACAAUAAAAAAGCUAAAUUUGUACUUAUAUUCUUACUUUUCCUAUUGUAAUUUUGUUACAAGCUUUUAUGAAGCAUUUUUGAAGAAUUAAACACUGCAGAUAUGUUACAAGCUACUUACAAUGUUACAAGCUACUUGUACAGGCUGUUACAACGAUCUGAGAAUGUCCUGAAUGCACAUCAAAUGUAUCCAUCCACUACUCCAUUUCAAGAAGAGUCACAUAAAGAUAAAUCUAGUUCAGGCUUCAUUUCUAUGCACAAAAUUCUUGUCUUGCUACCCAAAAGGAUGUUACUAAAAUUUCUGGUUUUUAUUAUGUUUUAUUUCUACACCUAAAAUGUGUAUGGAUAUGAAGUGUGCAUUAUGUAAAAUAUUGCUUUUGUUUCAUAACAAGCACGAAUCUAUGAAUAAGUUUCCAAUGUUUUCUUCCAUGAGGCCAUACUGUAUGCAGCUGAUUUGCUAAGAACAAGUCAAACAAGUCAUAUAACUUUUUUGCAAUGCUGCCUGCACUUAUUUCUGUAUAUGACAAGCUGACAUGUUUUGCCAUUGUUAAAAAUGUAAAUCUGAAGAUACUGUAUUUGAAUGUUUGUUUGUUUUAGAAAAUUGACUGAGGAUUUUUCAGUCGACGAUCACUGAGAACUGAAGGAGCAGAAGUAUUUCCUUACUUGAAAUGAUUUGACUGUUAUAUGUAAUAUUUCUGCAACACUGAUCUGUAUUUAAGUAUUAAGUUAUAACCAUUUUAAGUAUGGUAGGUCAAUAUACGUGAGGGUGAUGGUUACUGCUGCCUGGAAGUUUUGUGAGGAUAAAUCUGUGAAUAAAACUAUGCAAUUAUGAACUUUUAUAUCUACUAUGGACAAAUUAAUAAUGGGCAUCCUUUAUUAAAAGAACUGAAGGUAAAAUAAAUGUACAAAAUCUGAUGAUGUGAUCAAUUACUUAAACAGGCUUGUUUUUAUCUAAGCACUUUGUCUCUUGCAACACCUGCUGGGUAAAACAGGCAAUGGAAAUCUGUAAGCAAAAAAAAAAACACUACAUUGUAUGUUACAAAAAUUCUAAUAAAACUUUGCAUUUGGA